CCAUUGGAAACAACAGACGGUGGUCUAUCUUCAUUUAGUUAUACAAUCUUUGAUUAUACAUUAAUUCAGACGUCACAUCCAGCAAGUAGAGAAGGCGGGGGAAAUGUGGUUUUGGAGAAAGAGAUGGCGGAAGCUGAUGUGGAUCUUGAAUCAGGGAGUAGCGUACAGUGCUGAGAAUGUUCCUUAUCUUGUAGCACUAUGGGUUAUUAAUGAGGAGAAGCGGAUCGGAUUACCAAUCUUGAAGAACCCAUUUGAGAUAUCCAAAUUGGUGGAGAAAGUGCUGGGUAAAUUGAAGGCUGUGAGAAUUACGAGAGGCAUGUUUGUUUAGAUUUAAUGUAUUUCUGAGGAUCAGAAAGAACGUAGUCUUACCCGAAUUGAAAAGUUUGACGUGUCUUCGGAACACGGCCCCGUUAAGGGGAUAAUACCUGGCGUCUCGUGGGAAGUCUGUUACAGAGUUGAAAAAUAUUCCUGGAGUGAUUGAAGCACGUCGGAUGAAUCGUGGGUGUGGGUGUGUGUGUGUGGGGGGGCUCGUAAAGUCUCUGUAUUUUUUUUAUAUGGAGUCUCUUCCCUACUCAAGUGCAGUUGGGGUAUUUAAACUACAGGGCCGAGCAUUUACCCCCAAGACCAAUGCAGUGUGAUCACUGUAAAGCUUUUGAACAUGUUUCAAUCAAGUGUUUGCAGAAGGGGAGAUGUUACAUUUUCAUCACUUCUAAAACAAUUUCCACAUGUUGCAAUUGUAGUGGGAACCAUGAAGCUUCUUUUGAAUGCCCGACCAGGGUAGAAGAGAAUUUGGCCAAAAUCCGGGUUUCCCAAAGCAUUUCAUAUGCAGCGGCUGUUAAGUGUUCGAAUGGUACUCCUAAAGACUCCAUGGUGUCAUGGUGGUGGAUAGGCCUUUGCUGCAGGGGUUGCCUUUCACCAACAGGACCUAUAUGUUAAGAAGGUGGACUGUGUGGCCUUCAUAGCUAUGGUGAUUAAUGGCACUACCAAGGUGGAGAGGAAAUUCCAGAAAAUAGAUAUCAUUGUGGAUGCGGCAGAGCGGUUCCCGGGACUGAACUGAAAGACUUCUCGGCGGAGGAGUUGCAUGGAGUAUUGUCACCAGCCAUAUCACCCUCUCAGGUCCUAGAGUCUGAGAAGGGAAAUAUGGAGAUUUGAAAGAAGGAAGUGGGAGUUUUAGGGCUCUAUUUCACUUUCUUAGAGGAACAGGACUAAUGAGGACAAUUUAAUGUAGUUAGGCCGUGACUGGCCUUACACUCCCAGUACAGUAGGUGGCGAUGUAUGCACCUUGAAAGUUGGAUGCGAUCCGCCAACCCAAUCCUGAAGAAGAGAAAGCAGGAGAACCCAGCGUGUUUUUAUGCCUAAAAUUAACAAACUCUUAUGACCAAAGUCAGUGUAAUAGAUACAGAAUAGCAACCUCGAGCGUUGCAUGUUUUCUGUUUGUAUUGCUAGAUAAUCACUUGUUAUUGUAACCUUGUCGUUAACUUAUCCAGCAAUCUCAGAAGAUACGCUUUGUUAGCCUAGCUAGCUACAAAGUUGUCUACAAAGUUGGCUUGGGAAGUGAGCUAAAGCUAGCUAGCCAUUCUAAGUAUAAAAAUCGACCUAAAUUCGGACGGGACAAUAUGGCAACUAAGAAGCCAUCUGAAAUGGACAUCUUCCUUUCCUUCUCCCCCCUACCCCUCCUGGCCCCUCCCAUCCGGCUGGUUUCUGCUGCCAUGUGGAAGGUGAUGAAGCAACGCGAUGUAAUGCAUUAUGGGACGCUGGAGGAGUUUGUGACAUCCUGCUGUGAGGCUGUCCCUGGCCUGCUCACAUCUAGACACCAGGCCAAGCUGGCUCUGGGGCUGAGAUCACGGCUGAUCUUAGAGCUGUGCAAUGGCUCAGACCCACCAGAUCCAACGGUUAUCCUUACCCAGCUGGAAAGGAUCCGUGCUCCCAACCCGUCCUCUGCCCUGAAAAAGGAUGUGAAGAUUGAAACAGCAGUGACCAACCUCCGGGACCUGGUUGAAAGCUUUCUGAAAGACCCCACAGAGAGAGAACUAUUCUACAAGGUGGAGUUUCUGUCAGAGUAUGGGCCUCAGUUUGACCAGGAGCUGGAGAAACUGCUGUGGGAGUUCCUGCUCCGACUGGACCAGCUUCUCCCUGUGCCCAACCUGGCUCAGACGGUGUCGUGGCUCACUGCUGCCCCUCCUGUCCUGGAGGAGUGUGCGCAGGCUGCCUCCCAACCCCAGCUCCUGAGGACCCUGCUCCAGCACCAGAUCUGCCUGGGACACCUGGAUUCUGCAGCUUCUCUCUCUCCGUGUAUGGGCGACUACCUCCUCUCAUCACUCUCCCUCCCUCCCUCUGGAAGAGUGCAGCAAAGCGUCAAAUCAAGAUCUAAGCCUGCCUUGGUUUCCACCCCAAGCCCUCUGUCUUUAACCCCAUUAACCGAUUACAGACAAACGAACUUGUCAUUGCCCGUCGCACCUGUGAUUGGCGGGAUUUUUAACGAAGACCUUCCAGUCAUGGCUUCAGCCAAUAAGAGGGCAAGAACUUUCCAGGAAGACGUUGUUAUCCAAUCGGUUUCAAGAGAUGUGGAGGAGGACGCUGAGUCAACGGAGAGGUCCAAAUAUACAUGGGUCAAAAGCAGAGAAGAGGAAUCCGAAGAGGACGAGGAGAUCAUGGUCAUGAGAAGAGGGAGGAAGAGGAGGAGUGUGAGAGACAGAGGGAGUGAAAGAGUGCUCAGGAGAGGGCGUGGGGGGGAGUUUGUUAGAGAUGGAGAGGAGGAUAUGACGAGCGGUAGAGAUGGAGAGACUGAGAGAGACCUUCUUAGGGACUGUUUGGUCCAGUUGGGGAUCGCAAACCUCAAGGUUCCGGAAGACCAUCGCCUCUAUUCUUACAUCACAGCCUGUCUCCUCAACAAACCCAGGGUGCUCAUCCCCCGACUGACUUCAACAGACAUCCCUGCUCUUUUGAAGUCACAACCUCCUUCCUGAGCAACGGGACACCAACAGCAGGGGUAGGGAGCUCUCAAUGGGGACAGAGGCCCAAGUUGCCGGCGAUAACGGCAUGUCAGCUUCCUUCGACCUGGCAACGGAAGUUGAGUGACAGGUCAUUGACCCUAGAUAUGGGGCUUCCAGCAUCAGCUGACAAAGAGUAAGAGAAAUACAGGUGCUGAUUUAAACAACCAAGGAUACUUUCCUAUACUAGCCUGGUUGCCAGAUCUGGCUGUGCUUUCUUUUGUAAAAUGAUGUUGUUCAUUCAUCGUUCCAUACGUUCAUCAUCUCAUACAUGUAAGUGGAAUGAUGGCACACAACUGUAAUUGUUUAAAUCAGCAACGGAUCGAGCAAUCAGGCUAGUCAAAUACCCACUAGUACUACAGUUUUUUUAGUUUUUAAAUUGCUUUUAUGCUAUUUUCACAAGUAUGUGGUGAAUUUUCGAAAGGCUUCGUACAAAACUUCGAACUGGUAACACUUGUAACGCAGAAAGUCUCAUAUUCAAAACUUCAUUCUACGUUCAUUUUGAAGAAAACUUUCACCACACAAGGUGAUACACCUUGAAUUUCUCUCCCCCACCUCAUCCCAUUUUUCCCUUGACAUGGCGGAGACUCUCACUUGAACCUUUUAAUCUUGGUUUUGGCCCACCAGCUUCAAACAGCUGUACAAAAAUAAAUAUAUGUGUAUAUAUAUAUAUAUAUAUAUAUGUUUUGUUAUUGAAAAUGUCAGUGAUUUAGAUGGUACAAUGAUUCCCUAAACUAUUCGCUGCUUGUUUUCUCACAUAAACUGGAAUUGAAUUGAUUUCUACAUUGGCCCCUUGACCAGAUUUCCACUAUAUAACAGCCACAAAGUCAAAACGGCUUUCCCAUUUUGAUAACAGAUGCUGCUUCGGGAGAAAUCAAAAGGCGAAUAUCACAGCCAAUCACAACACUGGCGGGUAAGUAGUACUGAGAAACACUGUCAUUCCACCAUUACUGCAGAUAUAUUAUGGACUCCAAAAUAUACAUUUAUUGUGAAGUACCAUGAACAUUGCCAAAACGCAACACUAUGAUCUCUUCUCAAUUGAGUUAUUUUAACUACCAGUUAAUCCAAUAUCAGAAACUGCAAGACACAUGUUUGAAAAUUGACCUUUGAAUGUAAUAUGCUACAAGUGUGAUUGAAGAUGUCUUUCACGACCGUUGAUGAAAAAAAAACGGAUGUAUUGUUCAGAUCUCAUUACAACAUAGGUGUACAACAGUGCUAGUGUCAACAAAAUGCAUGUUGUGCUUUACUGGCUUAAAGUAGAGGAGCGAUUUUCUGCACCAUUUCUCGUUUUGUUAGAAAUAUUAACGUGUUGAACUCCAAACUGUCUAUUCAAUCAACUAACAUACAGCUCUGACAAACAUUCAUAUUCCACAAGACAUUCAACCAGAGCUCUCUUCACUGUCCCUAAAGUCAAAACGAACUCAAAGCAAUGCCCAGUAGUACUGUAUAUAGAGCCAUGAUAGCAUGGAACUCCCUGCCAUCUCUAAUCACUCAAGCAAGCUGCAAAAUUUGCUUUAAAAAAAAAAGAAUAAAACUGCACACUGCCUCUGACCUAAAUAGCUGGUAGCAUCUCCCUUCCGAGCACCUCUGGUGCUUGGGGUAAAGAUAAGAUGUGUCCUUGGCAUUAGGAUAUUGGGACCUGCUUAGAGAAAGCAAUGGUAAAGCAAAGCCUCAGUAGAGUAAGGACUGCAGUUUCCUCUAUUGCCGCAGGGUCGGUAAAGGGACCUGUUCUGUUUACUCGUUUAUAUAAAUAAUAUUGGUCUAUGUAUUAAAUCCUGUCAUAUUCAUACAGUUCAUACGGUUAUGUACGCCAUUGCACUGACUUGUAUCAAGCUAUGAUAGAGCUGCAUUCUGAUUUUGUUGCAUUACAGAAAGCCCUUGUUGAUUUAAAACUUGGACUUAAUGCGGGCCAAAUGAAAUCUGUUCUUUAAUUCACUGAUACAUUUCUGAUGGUCUACAUAUUCACUCUUUGGAUGGCUCGUAUCAUCAAGUGGGUUCCCGCCUAUAAAUAUCUGAGCGUCUGGAUUGAUAAAUAUCUGAGCGUCUGGAUUGAUAAAUAUCUGAGCGUCUGGAUUGAUAAAUAUCUGAGCGUCUGAAUUGAUAAAUAUCUGAGCGUCUGGAUUGAUAAAUAUCUGAGCGUCUGGAUUGAUAAA